GGACGUCCAAAAGGUGUUACACCAAAGUACAGUUUGAAGCCGCUUGUGCCAAGACUUACUGAACUUCUUGGAGUUGAUGUCAAGAUGGCAAAUGACUCUAUUGGGGAGGAAGUUGAGAAAUUAGUUGCCAGUCUUCCAGAAGGUGGUGUGUUGCUGCUAGAGAAUGUUAGGUUCUACAAGGAGGAAGAGAAGAAUGACCCUGAGUAUGCAAAGAAGCUAGCUGGUCUUGCUGAUCUCUACGUCAAUGAUGCUUUCGGCACCGCUCACAGAGCUCAUGCUUCGACUGAAGGAGUUGCUAAGUACUUGAAACCUGCUGUUGCUGGAUUCCUCAUGCAGAAGGAACUUGACUACCUUGUUGGGGCUGUGUCGAACCCCAAGAAGCCGUUUGCUGCCAUUGUUGGUGGAUCAAAGGUUUCAACCAAGAUUGGAGUCAUUGAGUCCUUGUUGGAGAAGGUCGACCUUCUCUUGCUCGGUGGAGGAAUGAUCUUCACUUUCUACAAGGCUCAGGGUCACAAAGUUGGUUCAUCUCUUGUGGAGGAAGACAAGCUUGAUCUUGCAACCUCACUCUUUGAGAAGGCCAAGGCUAAGGGGGUUUCCCUAUUGCUUCCGACUGAUGUAGUUAUAGCAGAUAAGUUUGCUGCUGAUGCUAACAGCAAGACUGUGCCAGCAUCAGGUAUUCCAGACGGAUGGAUGGGGUUGGAUAUUGGACCUGAUUCCAUCAAAACAUUCAACGAAGCAUUGGACAAGACUAAGACAAUCAUCUGGAAUGGACCAAUGGGUGUUUUUGAGUUCGAGAAGUUUGCAGCAGGAACAGAGGCUGUUGCCAAGAAACUUGCAGAUCUGAGCGGCAAGGGUGUGACAACUAUUAUUGGAGGUGGCGAUUCAGUUGCGGCUGUGGAGAAGGUUGGCCUUGCAGACAAGAUGAGCCACAUUUCAACUGGUGGUGGUGCCAGCUUAGAGCUUCUUGAGGGGAAGCAGCUCCCUGGAGUCCUAGCCCUUGAUGAUGCUUGAGCAAUAAGAAAGUGAGAAGAUAAAUGAAAGAGAGAGAAGAAAACCGCUUGUGUAUUUUGUUCAUUUUUAUCAUGACGAUGGUUGGGUUUCGACCAUGAAAUGGAUUUGAGGGUACAUUAGAGUUGCUCUUGUAGAGGCUGAUAUAGGAUAGAUUUUCCAGAAAUAAGAGAGGUUUUUGUGGCAUCCAUAGUGGAUGCAUUGAGACCGUUCUUAAUUGGUUCCUGGAACAAUGUUCCAUGUCCAAAGUAGGUGUUUGCUAUAUUAAUUAUUUGUGUUCCUUUGGUGUUCA